AUGAAGGGAGCUAUCUUCGCCGCCGCCGCCAUGGUGGGCUCUGCCAUGGCUGACGGUGUUCACCGUCGCCACGACGCUUUCCACCAGCGUCGCGAGGCUUCGUCCAGUGUCUGGGCCUCCAGCGUCACUGCUACUCCCUCUGCUCCGGCUCUUGAGGAGGAGACCUGUGGCUGCACCACCAAGGUGAUCACCUUCUACGGCGAGCCUACCCUGGUCCCCAUCUCCAGCGCUCAGCCUACCACCUCUUCCACUCCCAUCCCGGAGUCGACCAGCACUCUCACCAGCACUGUGCACUCCACCAGCACCAGCACCCUGACUGUGACUGUCUCUCCCUCCACCUCCUCCGUGGCCGCUGUGUCGACCAGCCCCGCCAGCACCAGCACCGUCCCGGUUCUGCCCACCCCCGGUGUCAGCACUUUCCCCUCCACUGGUACCUACACCGUCCCGGCCACCACCAUCACCGUGACCGACAGCACCACUGUCUGCGGUGCUACCUCCACCGAGGUGCCCAGCGGUACUCACACCUACGGCGGUGUCACCACCAUUGUCGAGACCGCUACCACCGUCACCUGCCCCUACGCCACUGUCAAGCCCACCGGCACCACCGUGACCAGCGUCAUUGAAACCACCACCUAUGUCUGCCCCUCGGCUGGUACCUACACCGUUGUGCCCCCUACCACCACCACUGUGCCCACCAGCACCGUCCUGGUCUACCCCACCCCUCAGACCGUCACCCCCGGCACCUACACCCAGCCCGAGACCACUCUGACCGUCACUCGCACCGACUACACCUACGUGUGCCCCUUCGCCACCCCUACUCUGGCCUCAACCACUGCCCCUGCCGCCGUUACUACCACUGCCGCUCCCACCACUGCUGCCGCUACCACCACCGCUGUCCCGGUUGAGUCCACCACCAGCAGCGCCGUUGCCACCAGCACCCCCAGCUCCAGCACCGGCAUCACCGGUGAGGGCCAGUACGGUAUGACCUACUCUCCCUACACCGAGAGCGGUAACUGCAAGACCAAGCAGGAGGUCCUCAAGGACAUCAAGGUCAUCAAGCAGAAGGGCUUCAACCUCGUCCGUGUCUACUCCAGCGACUGCAGCGGUCUCGAGUUCAUCGGCGACGCCUGCAAGGAGCUCGGCCUCAACAUGAUCGUCGGUGUCUACAUCGACUCCACCGGUACCUCCGGUGCCCAGGAGCAGGUCGAGGCCAUUGCCAAGUGGGCCCAGUGGUCCAUGGUCGAGUUGAUCGUUGUUGGUAACGAGGCCAUCCAGAGCGGAUACUGUGAUGCCAGCAGCCUUGCCUCCUUCAUCGCCUCCUCCAAGACUACCUUCAAGGCCGCCGGCUACACUGGCCAGGUCACCACCACCGAGCCCAUCAACGUCUGGCAGCAGUACGGCGCGUCCGCCCUUUGCUCCCCCGUCGACCUCGUCGGUGCCAACAUCCACCCCUUCUUCAACGCCGACGUCACCGCCGAGAAGGCCGGUGAGUUCGUCGCCACCGAGUUCAAGGUCCUCGAGCAGAUCUGUGGUGGCAAGGACGUGAUCAACCUCGAGACUGGCUGGCCCAACGCCGGUGAGUCCAACGGUGCCGCCGUCCCUGGUGUCUCCGAGCAGGCCACCGCCGUCAAGGCCAUCGCCAAGGCCGCCGGCUCCAAGUCCAUCUUCUUCUCCUACUCCAACGACCUCUGGAAGUCCCCCGGUGACUUCGAUGUUGAGCAGCACUGGGGCUGCGCUGACGUCUUCUAA